UCCCUUUAAAGCCAUCAGGGCGGAGUAUAAAUAACAAAGAACAACAAAACUGCCGCAUCGACGGUAGACGGAAGCUACUCCCAUCUACGAUCACCGCCACCUUCCAAACUCCACCACCAAAAUGCAAAAUCAAACCGAACCACCGCCGGAAACUAACUCGGACAAAGACGAUCAAGCGAUUGAGUUUGAUUUAUCAUCCACCACCGCUCUCGAUCUCACCAGCUUCCAGCUCCACGAUCUCGACUCGGUGGAAUUGCCGUCAAGCCUUACCGAGUUGGACCUUACUGCGAAUCGCUUGUCGAAAUUGGACCCUCGGAUUGCGAAUCUCAUUAACCUCAGAAAGCUCUCUUUUCAGCAGAACCUCAUCGACGAUGCUGCUAUCGAGUCGAUCUCUAGCUGGGACUCAUUAUCUGGUCUUGAGGAGUUAGUACUCAGGGAUAACAAAUUGAUGAAAGUACCAGAUGUCAGCUUAUUCAAGAAGCUCUUGGUUUUUGAUGUUUCUUUCAACGAAAUCACUUCUCUUCAUGGAAUGUCGAAGGUCUCCAGCACACUGAAGGAACUCUAUGUAUCCAAAAAUGAAGUUACUAAGAUGGAGGAGAUUGACCACUUGCAUGAGUUGCAAAUUCUUGAACUUGGUUCGAACAGAUUACGGGUAAUGGAAAAUUUGCAAAAUUUCACAAAAUUAGAAGAGCUGUGGCUGGGAAGGAAUCGAAUUAAAGCUAUAAACCUUUGUGGGCUCAAAUACAUCAAGAAGAUUAGCUUGCAAAGUAAUCGUUUAACUUCUAUGAUAGGAUUGGAGGAAUGUGUUGCUCUAGAAGAGUUAUAUUUGAGCCACAAUGGCAUUUCAAAAAUGGAAGGUCUAUCAACAUUGGUUAACCUCCGAGUAUUAGAUGUUUCAUCAAAUAAGCUAACAUCAGUAAAUGACGUACAAAACUUGACAAGGUUGGAGGACUUAUGGCUCAAUGACAACCAAAUAGAAUCACUUGAAAGCGUAGCUGAGGCGGUUUCUGGUUCAAGAGAAAAGCUCACCACUGUCUAUCUUGAAAACAAUCCAUGUGCAAAAUCUCCAAACUACCAAGCUACCCUGAGACAAAUUUUCCCCAAUAUCGAGCAAAUUGAUUCAAGCAUAUUUGCCUAGAAGUUUUUACAGUUCUGACUGGAAUGUUGUUGCUUAAAGGAAAAUGGGGUUCCGGAAGCCUGCCCCAAAUCUGGAAUGGUUAUGGAGGGAUGUUGAUUAAAAUGUAAUAUUAAUCAUCUUUUGGGCAUUCUUUAUACCAACUGUUUUUUGUUUUAGAUUAUAUUUCAAGCUAUCUAUCUUGCGAAUAACGAUAUUAGACUUUCUGGGUUGUCAUUCAGUUCCGAAACUCUUGAAUGAUGCAUAUAUGCUUGAAGCAUUAUCUUGAGGUACAUAUUAGCCUCGUAUUAGUGAGUAUAUCAUUUUUGUUCUGGUAUA